AUGCUUGAAUGCAAACAUCCUGAGCGAUCGACAAAGGGACCGACCCGACUGCAAAAGCUCUUACAGCAACAGCCGGACCUGGACCUGCGUGAGGAAUUCUCAAAAGCUGGUCCGGCAAAGGCUGCUAAUAGCACAGAAAGUCCAUCAUAUUCUCACAAACGGGACGAAGCAAUUUACCCGCAAUUCUAUGUGGCGUUGACCACCUAUUGGCUAAUAUGCGAGGCGAUGCGGUUCGCCAAAAUUUGCUAUUAUUCGCGCCAGACAGAAGAAAAUAUAGUAUGGGACAAGAUAGAUGCACUGUAUCACAGUCGGAAGAUACUGCUAGAAGCCAUCCAGACCUUAGAAGUAUAUGAUUUUGUCGGUGAUUACCUGAUAAGACAACUGGAAUAUGCGAAACUGGAAACAUUUAUCCAGUGGGUGGGGAAUAAAGAAUAUCUUUGGCCGAACAAUACCACUGAGUUUGGCUGGGUCCGUUUUCUUCACGAUAUGCGUGUUGUGUUGACUCCGGCCGAUGUGGUCGAGCUUUUAAUUUUUACAUGCCACUGGAAACAGACUUCCGAAAGGAAGCUGGCUUGGGGCCCCGAGAAGAAAUCCGACUAUCUUAAACAACGUCUAUUCUUCGCUUACGGGUUUCCUGGGCGGGUUGGGGAGGUUGAUUCAAGGGAAUCUCCCGACACAAGCUAUACUGUCAAAGACCUUGAAAGUCCAAUUGAACUAAUGCUGCAGAGGUAUCCCGCAAUACCUGGUCAAUAUUGGCACAAGAUUUGGAGGGACUACCGCUGUAACAAAUGGAAAACGGACGCACGAGGGAAGGCCCUAUUGUGGAAAUUUUCAGAUCAAGCGAUUGUAGACUGUCUUUUGGAGCUUUGCGGACAAGCUGCUUCGUCCUCCUUGCAGUAG